AAAUGAUUCGGAAUACCCCCAAAAAACCUACUUUCGCUUUGGAUACUAUAGAUUACUCUCCUGCCGUUGCUCCACAUUUUCGCCGUUCAAAUAGUGGUUUCGGAUCAAUAUUAAAAACAAGAAACGGUGUGACAAAACACAUCAACAGUUCGUACAUUACGACGAAAUUUUAACCCGAACCACACAGCAGGAACUGAUACCACGCAAAUUAUUCCAUAUCAGACCCUGAAUUUCAAAGAUGGAUAAAAAGUCUACGCGACAGUUAAAAGAAAUUAAAAGAAUAUGGAUUCAAGGGUUGAGAGAAAUAAAACGACUAGGAGACGGAAAGGCAAUUGAAGAAAAAGAAAAUUGGAACGGAAAGUCUGAGGAAAAAAGAGAAAAACAGAGUGGACAAUCAAAGAAAAAAGCAAAAAAUCAGACUGGACAAUCUGAGAAAAAAGCAAAAAAACAGACGGGACAAUCUGCGAAAAAAGCAAAAAAUCAGACUGGAGAAUCUGAAAAGAAAGCAAAAAAUCAGAGUGGACAGUCUGAGAAGAAAGCGAGAAAUCAGGCGAGACAAUCUGAGGAAAAAGCAGAGAAACAGACGGGACAAUCUGAGAAAGUCAUUCAUGAUAAUGAAAGAAGGGAGUUUGGUUCAAGCAAUAAGGAAAAACCUGUCAAAAACCAUUGGCGUUAAAGGAACUAUACAGAUUUUUGCCCUCGUCACGGUGUCAAGUUAUUGAAAAAGAUGCGCUGCGUACAGUCUUCGUCCAUUACCAUUGAGAAUGGUGGGGAAUGAAUCGAACAUUCAGACUAGCAUUCAUCACAGGAGAGCCAACAUCUGUCUCAAACUUCAAACUAGAGCGAGGAAAAUUCUCUAGGAUUAGGGACAAUGAACAGCAUCGGUCCAUUGAAAUACCAACUGCAAAAAGCUGCAAAGUAGAAAUUACAUACAGAAGAAAGCAUCAUGAAUGGUACAUAGUAUCCUGGGAUUGGUUGCUCCUGGACAAUUAGAAGACCUACUUAAACUCAUGGUGGAGCCUGUAACAAACACCAAACAUCAAGAAACUGAAAGCACAAAAAAAAUACAUGUACUGACUAAAAUCUACAAUGAUUCCACAUAUAAGGCUGUGAAAGAUCAGACUCUAUGUAUCAUGGUUGGACUUACAACAAAAGAACAGAACAGAAUCCCAGGACUUUCAAACUAUCAUAUUGACAACGUUCGAGCAGUUACACCAGACCAAAUAUUUCAGAAGGUAAACCAACCUCCAAAGAAAAGACUAAAAAAAGGACCAAACUAAACUAGAGCACUGUCUCUCAUUUUUCUUCAGCUCCUCUUCUCACCAACUGGUGCCUUAUGGUACAAGAGAUUUGGAGCUUGACUCUGGUGAAAAAGUCGUAAUUCCAGAUGUGGUUCGCACUGCUUGCCAUUCUUCUAUAAUUGAAAUGUAGGAAAAACAUUGCAAAGACAUUGACUUCUCACCACUGUCAAAGACUACACUAUUUCGCAUCCUACAUGCAUGUUCUGCUUCCAAACGGCGCAACCUUCAUGGCUUAGUCAACAUUACAGCAGAUGGACUUGCUGCUUUCAAGUCUUUGUGUAACAUCUUGAAGAAUCUAGAACUCAAAAGAACCAUAGACAAAGAUAUGAAAUCUACCUUGACACAACUUCUCACAGAUGGUCAAAAUUAUCUGAAGAGAACCUUCCAUGUCUCUCCAGACGCAGCUUGUUCUGACUAUUGUAUAUUGUGGGCUUGCAUUGAUCCUAAAUAUGUCAAAUUUCAGUUCGUAUGCAACAAUGAGCACACAGAUAGCUGUCAAGAGUGUGAAAAAUUAUUAGUCAUGCUUGAUCAGAUGUGCUCUUUUAAUCUAGAUGUUACAGAGGUAAGAAACAACAUCCAAGCAUGGGAAGUCCACAUCGUAAGAACAAUCAACCAAGAAUGCAGCAGAGUAGAUAUUCUAGACACUUUGAAAACAUCUCAAAUGACUUUUACAUCGAGAGAAGCAGUCAGACUGGUUUGGUCAAAAAGGGAUCUCCUGGCAUGUCACUGUUGGCAUCACUAAAGAUAAUAAUGGAUCUCUAAAGCAUAGUACUUGGGUGCACAUUCUGGAAAGUGGUAAACAGGACUAGUUUGAUGUAGCAGCAAUCCUGGAACAUACUCUUUCAACUACGGCUCAGCAGUAUCCGAAUACAAAAGAGGCAUUCCUAAGAUCUGAAAAUGCUGGAUUUCUCUGGAGUUCAAUUCCUAGCAUAUCUGAGAGAAUAGGUGAAUGAGGAAUUUUGUUAAUGUGUUACAUAUUAUGAGAAACACAGCAUUUACAUUAAAUUUUUGAUGUUUUUAUUCUGUAAACUGCUAUCAGGUGUGCAAUUUUCUUGUAACAUUUACAAGAAUCGUUGUUAAAAGAAACAACUUUAGUGAGGAACAAGCAGGAAAAUCAUAUUGCGAGGCCAACAUUGCUCAUCCUAGGAAGAAAAUGAGAUUGUAUGUAGUAGAUGGCAAUGACAUCAAGUUCUCAGCUGACAUGAUACAAGUGGAGGAGUUGCAGGAUGCCAGGCAGCAGUUGUUGAUGUUGAUUACACCCAUCAAUUGUUAUUUGGCCACAAAUGGAGGGAUGUACGUUUCGUCACUGAUCUUGUAAUGGAUUCUUCCUCGAUGACCACUCACCGUGCGUUUGACAUUGGCCAGGGAAAUGUUACUGACGCAUCAUAAAUGGUCUUCUUACCACAGAGUUCAUGCAACGGGUCUUUGAAUACUUUCAAACUUCACGACACCAGAAAAGCAGGAACGACAAAUACAAACUCCAAGUACUGUAAAUGACCCUGUUCAGUGCUUCCCUUGUUCCGAAUAAGGCUGUUAACAAAGUUGUUGCACCUUUGAAGAAUAUGAGGAACAUGUGUAUUUUGAGAGGCACACGUUUGAAUUUUAUCAAAAUUCAAACAUGUCUAUAUUUGACAAAGUUAAACUGAGGUGGGCAGAAAAAUGUAACAUACAUAAAAGUGAAGAGCAGAUCAUCGUGCCAACAGCUUGUCUGACAGUGGUGGAAAAGGUGCUAGCAUAAGAGGAUGGGCUCUUAAGAAGGAAAAGAAACAAGUUCGGAUCAAACAGCAAGUGCGCAAUUAUCUGAACGAUGUAUUCAAGACUGGGGCGGUUGGGAAGAAAGCUAAUCCAGCAGAGGUUGCUUUGAACACGCAUUUUUGCAGCCCAGGACUGUUUAAAGCCAAGUCAAAUCAUUUCCUAUCUCUCCAGGCUCACAUCUCAAUCGAAGGAUUCCUUGAAACAGGGGAGCAGAGAAAUAGCAGAAGAAGAGGAUGAUUAAUACCUGGAACACGUUAUCAAGGAAAUCAAAGACACUGUGAAUGCUCUUUGAUCAGGAAAGAGCAACCUUUCUUCAGCUAUGUACAUGUAAUGUAAGAUAUUUUAUAACAGAUUCAUAAUUCCAAAUGCAAAUGAGUGUAAACCUACUCUAUAUCUAGAAUUUCGAACAAAAUAGUUUUAUGACUACAAUAUGUGUAUUAUAUAUAAGACAAAUCAAGAUGAAUGUUGUUUCAAAAUUUAUGACUACAAUAUGUGUAUUAUAUAUAAGACAAAUCAAGAUGAGUGUUGUUUCAAA